GCCAGCCGUGUGCCUGCCGACCAGCCGUCCAGCCCAGAGGCGUCGAGGCCGAUGGGCAGCAAGACGACGCUGCCCCUAUUAAUAAAGCCGCCAUGCGUGUGCCCGGCACUGCACAGCAUCCAUCGUCCAUCGACCCACCCAACCACCUCCUCCGCCCCGCGCUUCGCCUGGGUACCGGCGUCCGCCGCGCCCCGUCCCGUCCAGGAACAGGAAGAGCAGUAACCCAUCCACCCAUCCAUCGGGGAUCACCAGGGGAGCAAGAUGUCGACUGCCACCGCCGCAAGAUUGCCCGCUCCCAGAUCCGGGGCAAGCUAUCACUAUCAGACCGCGGCUCCGGCGGCCAACACCCUCUCCUUCGCCGGCCACGCGAGGCAGGCGGCCCGCGCGUCCGGGCCACGGCUGUCCAGCAGGUUCGUGGCGGCCGCGGCGGCCGUGCUGCACAAGGUGAAGCUGGUCGGCCCGGACGGGACGGAGCACGAGUUCGAGGCCCCCGACGACACCUACAUCCUCGAGGCGGCCGAGACCGCCGGGGUGGAGCUGCCCUUCUCCUGCCGCGCCGGGUCCUGCUCCACCUGCGCCGGGAGGAUGUCGGCCGGCGAGGUCGACCAGUCGGAGGGGUCCUUCCUCGACGACGGCCAGAUGGCCGAGGGGUACCUCCUCACCUGCAUCUCCUACCCCAAGGCAGACUGCGUCAUCCACACCCACAAGGAGGAGGACCUGUACUAGAGAUUGGGUUGCUUUAUGCAUAUGCAGUGGCUGCUCCAAAGGUGGUGGUGCGUUCGUUGCUGUUCCGUGCCACCAGCGGAAGGGGGGUUUCGUUGUUGAGAUGGGCUAGUUCUUGUCAUCAAUUUCGGUCGUUCGAUGAGAUCAUGGCAUAUGAGUUGUGGCAAUAAUGCUGGCAAUAUGGUUUUGCAAUUCAAACUGCAAAUGUGACCAGCAAUGUCAAAAACUGCACACUGUGUCUGUGUGCGAACUUGUGAAAUUGGCAUUGAGUUCAAUUGGCUAGUUGGCUCGAGAUUUCAGUUUUCAUCUCCAUUUAGAGGUCAUUUGGGCCUAAGUUGGUGCUUAGUGUGGCCGGAUAGAAGCCCACUAAGGCCUUGUUCGUUUGUGUCGGAUUGGUGGGUCGGAACGAUUUC